AUGGCCAAGCUUUGGGUCCCGAGCACCAUUGUUCUGGUCUGUGCGCUCGUCUUGAGCUUCCUCGUCUCCUUAUCUCUACCAUGGCUGUCCGCUCUGGACAUAUCCCGCGUCGCCAUCACCGACGAUAGGGUUGGCGACAUCGUCCCUUGGCUAAGCAAAGACAUACGGUUCGGAGUAUGGACGGCAUGCUCGUGGGACUUCGAUGAUAAAAAGGAGUGCGUUCCGCGAGGAACCGGAUACACCGCCCCAAUUGGUGCUUUCGAGAAUGUCGAAGAGAAGGACUUUGAAAUCGUCACUCUCACUCCUGGAUGGACGAGAGGUCUUGCCAUCCAUCCUGUUGUGACUGGAGUCAUUGGACUCGCACUCGGCGCAUCGUUGUCCACAAGACACACAGUCAACCUCUUCGCUCCUCUGAUCUGUGUCCUUGCAGCAGCCAUCACCUUAAUCGCAUUCGCGAUCGACAUCGCGCUCCACCUACGCGUUCGCUCCCUCAUUAAUAGGUUCGACAUCCCCGAUGGAGCCCCUAUCAAGAUAGCACCCGGGCCAGGGUUCUGGAUCACCUUGGUCGUCCUCGUCUUGAACGCAGUAGCUGCGGCAAUUCUGUUUAUCGCCAGACGACGAGAGCUCAAGGGUGACUCGGCUUACCCCAUGCUCUCGACGCAAUACCAGAGCAAAGGGUUUUUCUCCCGCUUCAAGAAAUAA